AACUACCUUCGUUGCUCAGUACAUCCAUUAUCCACCCCCUGAAGCUCCGAUAGAAAAACACAAUUAACAAAGCUUGGUCAUAGAAUACUGCAGCUUGGAGAACGGGAGAGGAACAGAAGGGAGAGCAAAGGGAGAAAGAACUCGUAUGGAUAAUAUUGUUUCUACGCUUAUAUACAUCCUCAUCCUUUUCUCUACUGCUCUUUAUUAUUGCCUAUCGAAGAACAAGGAGAGAACAAACAAAGGAAGAGCAAAGUUGCCUCCUGGCUCUAUGGGAUGGCCUUACAUAGGAGAGACUCUUCAAUUGUACUCCCAAGAUCCGAAUGUUUUCUUUGCUCAGAAGCAAAAACGAUAUGGAGAUAUGUUCAAGACCAAGAUACUUGGCUGCCCUUGUAUCAUGUUGGCUAGCCCUGAAGCCUCUCGGUUCGUGUUGGUUACUCAUUCUCACUUGUUCAAACCAACCUAUCCCAGGAGUAAAGAGACGAUGAUCGGCCCCUGGGCAUUGUUUUUCCACGAAGGAAACUACCACACUCACUUGAAGAAGCUGGUUCAUAACUCGUUAUCUCCAGAGGCCCUUCGAAAGCUGGUUCCUGAUAUUGAAGCUAUAAUCAUUUCUUGCAUGCAAACUUGGGAGUCCGGUCUGAUCACCAACACAUUCCAUGAGAUGAAGAAGUUAUCUUUUGAGGUCGGCAUCCUUGCUAUCUUCGGUCACCUAGAAAUCAAGUAUAAGAACGCACUAAAGGAGAACUAUUCCAUUGUAGAUAAAGGGUACAAUUCUUUUCCCACAAACUUGCCAGGAACAGCGUAUCAUAAAUCUCUAUUGGCAAGGAAAAGGUUGAAUCAGAUCAUAAGGGAAAUAAUCAGUGAGAGGAAGCAGAAAAAGCUAUUGGAUAAAGAUCUGUUGGGUUACCUGCUCAACUUCAAAGAUGAGAGAGGGCAAACUUUGACAGAGGAUCAAAUCGCUGACAACAUCAUAGGAGUGCUGUUUGCUGCUCAAGACACAACCGCUAGUGUCCUAACCUGGAUUCUCAAGUACCUCCACGAUAACCAGAAACUUUUAGAAGCUGUCAAGAUAGAGCAAAGGGCUGUCUGGACCUUAAAUCAAGAAGGAAAGCAACCCUUGACAUGGGCUCAAACGAGAAAUAUGCCGCUGACACACAAGGUAAUAUUAGAAAGCUUAAGGAUGGCUAGCAUCAUAUCAUUCACCUUCAGGGAAGCUGUGACUGACGUAGAAUAUGAUGGAUUUCUUAUACCAAAAGGGUGGAAGGUGAUGCCGCUGUUCAGAAAUAUUCAUCACAAUCCCGACCAUUUCGUGGACCCCAAAAGUUUUGAUCCUGCAAGAUUUGAGGUGGCCCCCAAGCCCAACACCUUCAUGCCAUUUGGCAGUGGAGCCCACGCCUGUCCGGGAAAUGACCUCGCCAAACUGGAGAUGUUGAUUUUGAUCCACCAUCUGGUGACCAAGCAUAGAUGGGAACUAGUGGGAUCCAAGGGCGGCAAAGUACAGUAUAGUCCAUUUCCAGUUCCUCUGAAUGGACUCCCUGCUAAAUUCUACAAAGAGCCGACGACCAAUCAGUAGGAUUGCAUUUACAGAUGGAGUUUCUUCACAAAUUAUUUAGCGAAGAAAAGAAAAAGGAUGGCCUGAAAAUAUGGCUCAACUUUUCCAGCAAAUAACCACCCUGAAAUUUUUUACCUAGGAGGCCAGGUUGGUAUUGGCUUCUUUUGUCCGGAAUUCUGCUAAACAAGUUGCAGUAUCAUUAUGUUUGCACAAAUGUAAAACCCAAAAGUGAAAGAGUACCAAAGGGGAACAUUCUCCCUAUUCAAUUAAUCUCAAAGAUGCGGUCUCAUUAUCUUCUUGGCAUAAUAUCAA